GUAGGUAAAGUGGAAAACACAGAAAAAGAAAAUAUUCAUAAAAUAUGAAAAAAGAAAAAAGAAACGACACAUUUAAUACUCUCAGAAAAUAAAAGAUUGCGCGAGUGAAAAAAGACAAACGUGAAAACCAACUCGCCCUUCUCUUCAUAAAUCAAUCUCCUUUUCACUCUCCUUCCCACUUCCCCAGCUUUUCUUCCCUCUCUCUCUCUCUCUCUCUAGCCUCUCUUUUGUAGCUAGCUCCUUGCUACAAGCUAAUCCCUGCACGCCUCCAUAGAGUGGUGAUAGACGGAGAUAGUAAGAUGAGUCUCUACCUUAUCUUCUUCUGUGUAAUGCCCUGAGCCAACACCAUUAACUAAAAGAGCCAAACCAACUAUAUAGAAAGAGAAGAUCUUUCUUUCUUCUCAUUCUUGAGUCUAUAAUCCAACAAUGGCGAUACCAACGGAGGAAGAAAGUAGAGAAGAACAUAACACUUCGUUUCUUCUUGAUGCUCUCUACUGCGAAGAAGAGAAAUGGGAAGACGACGACGAAGAAGAAGUAGAAGCAGUUGAAGAGAACUCUUCCUUUUCUUCUGCUUCUACUUCUUCUCCAUUGGCUAUUCUGCAGCAAGAUUUGUUCUGGGAAGAUGAAGAUCUGGUCACUCUCUUCUCCAAAGAAGAAGAGCAAGGACUCAGCUGUGUCGAUGAUGUUUAUCUCGCCACGGAUCGAAAAGAAGCCGUGGGUUGGAUUCUUAGAGUCAACUCUCGUUAUGGGUUCUCUACUCUAGCAGCUGUUUUAGCUAUAACGUAUCUCGACAAGUUCAUCUGUAGCUACAGCUUACAGAGAGACAAACCGUGGAUGCUUCAGCUCGUUUCUGUUGCUUGUCUCUCUCUUGCUGCUAAAGUGGAAGAAACCCAUGUCCCUCUUCUUCUGGACUUUCAAGUGGAGGAGACAAAGUAUGUGUUUGAGGCAAAAACCAUACAGAGAAUGGAGCUGCUGAUACUUUCUACUCUCCAGUGGAAGAUGCAUCUCGUUACUCCACUUUCGUUUCUAGACCACAUCAUCAGGAGAUUGGGGCUUAAGAACAAUGCUCACUGGGAUUUCCUCAACAGCUGCCACCGUCUCAUCCUCUCUGUAAUCUCCGAUUCAAGAUUUGUCGGCUACCUCCCAUCAGUUGUUGCUGCAGCCACCAUGAUGAGGAUUAUAGAGCAAGUUGAGCCCUUUGACCCUCUUUCAUACCAAACUAAGCUCCUCGGUGUGCUUAACAUAACCAAGGAAAAGGUGAAAUCUUGCUACGAUCUCAUCCUCGAGUUACCAAUGGGCCGCAUGGGCUUACAAAUCGAAACCCAAACUCGCCGGAAACGAAAGAGUGGCGAAUCUCCAUGCUGCGUGAUUGAUUCAAACCCUUUCAAUAGCGACGAGAGCUCAAACGAUUCGUGGUCAGCGAGUUCGUGCAAUCCACCAUCGUCUCCGCAGCAACAGCCUCCGUUGAAGAAGAUGAGAGGGGAUCAAGAAACUCAGAAGGAGAAACCAGUUUUGCAUCUUCCAUGGGCAAUCAUAGUAGCCAGUCCGUGAUUCGAGCUCGUGUUCUGUUCUUACGGUUCUUUCCGUUUAUAUUAUUAUUAUUACAAGUCUUAAAAUUUUAGAACAAUCUUUGUAUUAAGUUCCACAUUGCAUGUAGGAAAUGUCGAGAAUGCCCUUACUUUGGCGAGUCAUGUGUGAAGGGUAUUGAUGACAUUUGACUGCAUGGGAUGUAAUGAAGAGAAUAGAAAUAAUAGUAUUUUGCGUAAAUUUUGAAGCUUUUGCAAUCUUUGUGGCUUAA